AUUUCAUUCAUGCGACGAAAGCCAAUCAGCGUUGAACGAGCCUGAGCAAUCUUGGCUGGUUAAGAAAACGUAUUGUACGAGUAGCGUUUCAUAACACUUGAGAAGGCGAAUUAUUAACGAAAAGCAAGCCCUAUUUUUCUGUGUUAAAGUAGGUGAAAAUUCAACUUAGUCAAUAUUUAGUUCAGGCUAGAGAGAGUUCACAGAAAGUUUAGAACAAGAAAGUGUAUCUCAUCAUCAGGGUGUCCCAGACAAAGACACAGGUGACAGACUCUUGGUGCGGUGACAUACUUUUUUCGAACUCAAGACGGCAGCUGCAAGUGGAGUGUGCUUGUCGCUUUAAAGUUCUUAAAAGUAAUCUGAACAUAACAUAAUCUACGAACUGUAUAAAAUGGAACACGAUUCAUUUUAUGCUGACAUCAUUGUUGCAUCAAGUGACACUUUUUCCCCUGGAUCGUGCAAGUUUCCCAAACCUAGACGAGUUCCAAUGAUAGAAGUUAAAUUGGAGAAUAAUUACAGAGAAUAUGGCGGAAUGGGCAGUUACGAUAUUUCCUAUAAAGGGAGUUCUAUGAAUGAUGACGCAUCUGAACCAGUAGCGCCACCUAACCCCUUUGGUUCAAUGCAAAAGGUACCUUCUAUGAGUGACUUGUCUGAAGAAAGCUCAGCAGAAUUUCCUGUCCAAGUUCCACCAUUGACGCCAAUUACUAAUCAGAAGAUGACCCAAGCACUAACAGAGAGUUUUAGUAGCUGGGAGCGAGAAAUGCACAAGUUGAACAUUCCAAAAGAUCCCCGGUUGUGGAAUGAAAUGAAUGUAUCCCGGUGGUUAGGCUGGGCUGUUCGAGAGUUUAGUCUAGAAGGAGUCAAUCCAUCAAAAUUUCAAAUGAAUGGUAGAGAUAUGUGUGCUCUAACCAAAGAUAGUUUCCUGUCUCAAGCACCUCCGUUUAUGGGUGAUAUCUUGUGGGAACAUUUAGAUAUGUUACAAAAAGAUGUAGAUAAGGAACAAUCAUCACUGUAUGAGUCAGUUUGUGUGCCUGAGUUUGAAGAAGCUUUUCAACAACCAGAACAUGUUGGCUUUCAACAAGCGGAAGGAAAAGUUAUUACCCUUAUCAACAGAGCCUCAUCCCAACAGCAUUAUAUGGAAAGUGGAUUCUCCCAUGUUUCUGACUCUAUACAUACACUGAAUGAUAUGAACCACGACGAGUUUGGGAUGUCUCGAUUCGAAACUAACACUCCAAAGUCCAGUUACAUGGAAAGAAGUCCCGAGUUUUACUCUGCUACCCUUCCACCUUCUAUGUUUCAAGAUAUCAAAUAUCAACCAAAUUUUCAGAACAAAAGCGUUAGUAAAAUUCGUUGUCAUCAAGAUAUGGCCCUUUCUGACGCUUAUAGCUCCCAACAAUAUGAACCACCAUUUCAAACUGUCCCUGGGUCAGUGAUAAGUCCAAGUGAUCAGUGGAUCUCCGAAAUGACAGGGCAGCAUCCAUACCAGCCAGCACCGAACAGGUUACCAUUACGUGACUCCCAAGCACAGCUGAAUCAUGUGAAUUCUUUACAGAGUCAACUUCUAAACCAGAAACAGAACCAUACUCCUCAGCACUCCAAUGACAAUAAACCUUUAGUCCAAGCCGCUGUUUUAGCAGGUUAUUCCGGAAGUGGACCUAUUCAACUGUGGCAAUUUUUACUGGAACUGUUAACAGAUAAAACCUGCCAAAACUUUAUUGGUUGGACUGGAAAUGAUUGGGAAUUUAAACUGACUGACCCGGAUGAAGUGGCUCGUCGUUGGGGCAUUAGGAAAAACAAACCGAAAAUGAACUACGAGAAACUUAGCCGUGGACUGAGAUAUUACUAUGAUAAGAAUAUUAUCCACAAAACAGCUGGAAAACGCUACGUUUAUCGGUUUGUUUGUGAUUUACACACUAUGCUUGGUUAUUCACCUGAUGAACUCCGAGCAGUGGUGGAUUUCAAAUCCGAGAAAAAAGAAGAUGAGUAAAAGACACUUUAUUUUUCUUUUUUCCUUCUGUUGUUUACUUUGGGAUAGAAUAUAUUUUUGGAUAGAAAUAUUUCGGUGGAUUACCAGCGGUUGCCGUGGGUUACCAGCAGUUGUGAGUGUUAUGUGAAGUCAAUUCAAUCAACACAUUCAGUGUUGGAAGUAGGGAUAAGAUGUGAAUAAUGUUAUUCUCUUUAUCUUACUGUUGUUGAACGCACUGGAAUUUGCAUAUCCUACUGUUAUGGUUGCCAGUUGGAGAAGCAGAAAACCUUCUGUAUAUAUUUCUAACAGUAAUGUAUUAAUGGAAUAGCGCAUCGUCUUUUUUUAGUCUUUAGAAAAGUUUUUUUUUUAAAAGGAUAAUGUGCUGUAAAUGUGAACCUGACAGAGAUUUCCUCUCUGUAAGUUUAUGAGUGGUACACCUACAAAGAAACAGAUGUGACUGGACUGUAGUAGCUUGUAUAUUGUAUUUAUAGUGCCUUAUUUACUGGUUAAUAUACAAGUUAAGUGUGCUGUUCCGUCAUGUGCACAGUUUUGAUAUAGCAAGUCUCUUAGUAAUAUGUCUAUACGCACGCUCUUCAUACAUUAUUGCAUUCUUCCAUAACAGUAAAAAAUAUUGCAUUUACAGAAUGUAGUUGCUGUUGUACAACAACACAUUUUAAUGAGUUAUCUAUAUAAAAAAAGGUAAAACGUCAACAAUAAUUAAAUCAGUGUCUGACAGUUAAGUAAGAUAAGUUGUCUUUACUUGGGUGCCAUUGAUUCAGCUAACUUUACUUAUUUAAGAACUGACAAAAUACCUAUGCCAAAAUUUAAUAUUUUUAGACCAGGAGUUACAUAAUUUCAUUUUAUUGCUAAUUAUCUGACAUUUUCACUAAUUUUAAGACUUAAUAUUAAAUUUUUAUAAUUGAUACUUUGAAUUAUUAGAACGAUAUACACAUUGAAAGGUUUAGAAAUGGGUACGUAAUUUUUCAUGUGCAUCUCUCUCUCAAUUUCCACAUACUGGUAUCAGAAUAUGCAAAGGUUUCUUGUUAAAGUUUGUGUAAUAAAACGAAGAUGUUUACUGUUCACAUCAUUUGUUAAACAGGGAUAAAAGUUUAAUAUUUGUCUUUACAGUACAAGAAAUAUGAACUAUUGCAAUAAAUAGUAUUCUAAGAAUCAUAGAACAAAACGUUCUAUAUGAAUACUUAUUAUACUCCAUACGGUAUGGUUGUUUAGCGUUUAUGCCUUCCAUAGUUUUUAAGCUAAGAGAGGGUAACAACAAUGAUUGUUGAAUGGUAAUUGAUAGCCUAUUUAGAAUUCAUCUUAAAAACAUUGUAAAAAAUUCUCAAAUAUAUCAUAGAUUGAUUUUCAAAUUAUCUUUAACGUAGUUAUAAUAAUAUUAUUCAUCAAUCAUUUAUAGGUUCAGCAGGAGAAAAAUUAAGUAAUUUUCAAACUUACUACAGAAGAGAAUGUGCCCAAGUAUUAGUGGAUUUCUACAUUUUUUUAUUACAAUUUGGUGUUUUAUUACUAGUAGUACACGACCUUAUAACACCAAAUUUGAUAUUUUUCUUCAAUUGCACAUUCAUUGUUACGGUUUGUGUUUUAGUGGAACGCUCCUGAAGAAGCUGUAAAGCGAAACUUUGAGUGUCCAAUUAAAGAAAAAUAAAAUUGAUGUUAUAAAGUCGUAUAUUACUAGUAUUAAAAUGUUUUUUACACACCAACAUGCACUAGAAAUUAUACAAUUUGGUAUUGUUGAAAAAAAAGCAGACAACGGUUGUAGAUUUAAUUAUUGUACUGUUAGAAGUAAAAUGUUUGUAUAUUGUGAUUAUCACAUUAAAACACGUGUCCAAAAGUUUGUAGGAAACUAUUUUACGGUAGUUUCACUUGGAAGUUUUCAUUUUUAAUAUGCUCUAGUAUCAAUAAGAGUAAUUAAUGCAGAAUAAUACUUUUUAAUUAGAUUUUAAUAAUUUAUAUUCAUUCGCAUGGACGCAUUACUGUGAGUAUGAUUUUUUUAGUUUUAUAAUUUAUAAAAUUAGUAGUAUGAUAAUCUAGGGCGUAGAACUGGCACUUUAAAGUUUCUUUGUUCUUCUAAUUUGCAUAUAUUAUUAUUAUUACGUUGUUUUCUCACAAUUCUGGAUACGAUAUCCUGAAAGUUUUGUAUGGUUCGUCCAAAUAUGUGUCUAAUAUCAGUAAUACUUUUUAUUUUUGCCAGUUUUAUUGUAUGCUAUAACAUCACGAGCUUCUUUUUAUACAUAGAAUUGCUAUCUAGUGUGGUUAUCACCUCCUUGUGCAUUUGUAGAUUAAAAUUGAAGAUAAAUAAUAAAUACAAAUAUCAUUAGUGAACGAUUUUGAAAUACUUUUGUAACCAUAGUGAACUUAGACUUUAUAUUUACCAGUUAUAUAAGACAAGUUUUUCUGCGAAAUUACAUUUCAAUAAAUAUCAAAAUAUUUGUGUUUUCUA